GCUGUGCCACGGGCGCCAGCUCUCCAACCCCCUUCCUUCCGAGGAUGGCGCAGAAGGAGAACGCCUACCCCUGGCCCUACGGCCGGCAGACGACUCAGGCUGGCCUGAACACCCUGCCCCAGCGAGCCCUCCGGAAGGACCCUGCCACACCGUCUGCACUUGUCCUCAUGAGCCGCUCCAACACCCAGCCCACAGCUGCCCCUGGCCAGAAGGUGGUGGAGAACAGCAGUGGGACCCCCAACUUCCCAACGCGCUCCUUCACCAUCGACGACUUUGAGAUCGGGCGUCCUCUGGGCAAAGGCAAGUUUGGAAAUGUGUACUUGGCUCGAGAGAAGAAAAGCCAUUUCAUCGUGGCUCUCAAGGUCCUCUUCAAGUCUCAGAUAGAAAAAGAGGGCGUGGAGCACCAGCUGCGCAGGGAGAUCGAAAUCCAGGCCCAUCUGCAGCAUCCCAACAUCCUUCGUCUCUACAACUAUUUCUACGACCGGCGAAGGAUCUACUUGAUUCUGGAGUACGCCCCCCGCGGGGAGCUCUACAAGGAGCUGCAGAAGAGCCGCACCUUCGACGAGCAGCGCACAGCCACGAUCAUGGAGGAGCUGGCCGAUGCACUGAUGUACUGCCACGGGAAGAAGGUGAUUCACAGAGACAUAAAGCCGGAGAACCUGCUCCUGGGGCUCCAGGGAGAGCUCAAGAUCGCGGACUUCGGCUGGUCCGUGCAUGCCCCGUCCCUGAGGAGGAAGACGAUGUGCGGGACAUUGGACUACCUGCCCCCGGAAAUGAUCGAGGGCCGCACGCACAACGAGAAGGUGGAUCUCUGGUGCAUCGGGGUCCUCUGCUACGAGCUGCUGGUGGGAAACCCGCCCUUCGAGAGCGCUUCCCACAAUGAGACCUAUCGACGCAUCGUCAAGGUGGACCUGAAGUUCCCCGCCUCCGUGCCCUCGGGAGCCCAGGACCUCAUCUCCAAGCUGCUCAGGCACAACCCCUCUGAACGGCUGCCCCUGGCCCAGGUCUCCGCGCAUCCUUGGGUCCAGGCCCACUCCCGGAGGGUGCUGCCUCCCUCUGCCCUCCAGGCUGUCCCCUGACUUGCUGCUCUCGUUGAUUCAGUUGUGUCUGUUUGUGUUCCUGUAUACGUGGAGUCGGAAGGAGGGGCACCUGGCCUGUUCCCUUACCUGUCUUCUACCCCCUGUGUAUUUAAUAAAGGCUGAAGCUUUUUGUACCGAUGA